AUGCCUAUGAACCAUAACUAUGACAAAGAUCUUGGAAGUUCGAAAUCAGCUGCUAUAGCGCAAUUCUUACAACAAGAAAAAAGAUUAUGUAAAAACGAAAAACUAUCGACGAUGUACAAAAACUUUAUUCGCGAGUACUUAGAAUUACAACAUAUGAAGCCUGCGGGUCAAAUUACAUCCAACCAACUUGAAUGUUAUUUACCUCACCACGGUGUUCUAAAGGACCAAUCAACAACUACUAAACUAAGGGUGGUUUUUAACGCGGCACAAAAAACUUCUAGUGGCAAAAGUUUGAACAGCCUCAUGGAAAAAGGGCCUAACCUUCAAAGGGAUAUUCAAACCCUUAUCCUGAAAUGGCGAACCUACAAAUAUGCAAUAACUGCUGAUGUAGAGAAAAUGUACAGAUGCAUCUGGAUCUCCGAAGACCAGCAGCAACUCCUGAAGAUCAUAUGGAGGAACUCCCCGGAUGAGCAACUGCAAGAAUAUGCUUUACGGACUGUAACAUACGGCACAAAAUGCGCGCCAUGGUUAGCCAUGCGAACUUUAAAACAAUUGGCUAUCGACGACGGUCACUUAUACCCUGACGCAGCAAAAAUACUGCAAAAAGAGUUCUACGUUGAUGACCUUGUAAGUGGCCACAACUCCCUUGAAAGGGCUAAACAAUUACAAAAUGACCUAAUACAACUACUACAGCGAGGAGGUAUGAACUUAAGAAAGUGGUCCAGCAAUUGUACCAAAUUACUUGAACAUCUACGAGAAGACCAAAUCUCUAAAACCAACUUUGAUUUUAAACAAGAAGACUGCAUGAAAACACUUGGCCUUGGCUGGAACCCUACAUUGGAUACAUUUACGUUCAACUGGAACCUGAAACAAAACUCGCCAAAAGGACUGACUAAGCGAGCCUUGCUGUCUCAGAUUUCACAACUAUACGAUCCACUCGGUUGGGUUUCACCGGUCACUAUACGAGCCAAGCUUAUUUUUCAAAGCGUCUGGAUGCAGAACUUAACGUGGGAUGAACCGGUACCUAAUGGCAUACAAGAAGAGUGGCUAAAACUGAAAGAUCAACUCGAUGAAUUGAAAACAAUAACAAUAAAUCGCUGGAUUGGAACCAUCCAUAACAAAAUUGAACUACUUGCAUUUUGCGACGCAAGCGAGAAAGCGUAUUCGUGCGUCAUCUAUACGCGAGCACUCAACGAAACCGGAGAACCUAAAUUAAGCUUGCUUGCUGCAAAGACUAAGGUUGCCCCGCUCGCACAUAAACUAUCUUUGCCAAGACUUGAACUAAGCGGAGCACUACUUUUAUCACAACUAGUAGGCAAGAUCGUCGAGUCGCUAACAGAACACACCAUAACUAUAUGGGCCUGGUGCGAUUCAAAAGUGGUACUGGCGUGGUUGCAAGGAGUGACAUCCAAAUGGGAAAAGUACGUGGAAAAUCGAGUCAUCAAGAUUAAACAAGUGGUACCAGCAUCCCAUUGGUUUUACAUCGAAUCAAAAAACAACCCUGCCGAUUGCGCAACCAGGGGAUUAUAUCCAAAACAAUUGGUGAAUUUCCACUUAUGGUGGAACGGACCUGCAACACUGAGAACGUUUCCAAACAAACCCGAAGAACAACGUAGUUGCCUACUUACAACUACGCUAGAACAAAAAAGCGUUGCGCCAACCCUAAGUCAACCAGAAAACAUAAUAAUCAACUUAAUAAACAAGUACAGCGAAUUAAACAGGGUGACGCGUAUUGUAGCUUGGAUUGUGCGAUUCAAAACAAAUUCACUUAGUAACGCAAAACAAGUGAAGAAAUUUGACGCCGGUCAACGGAAACAACACAAUGACCUAACGCUGACGGCCAAUGAACUUAAUUGCGCUACAAACAUAAUAACAAGAAACGUGCAACGUUUAGAAUUUAGCAGUGAAUAUGAUUUACUACUAAAAAAUCAACAUAUUCCCACUAAAAGCAAAAUUUGCAAAUUAUCGCCUUACCUAGACAAGAAGGGUAUCUUACGUGUCGGUGGACGUCUAAACAAAACUAACUUACCGCCGGGAAUGAAAAACCCGGCAAUUCUCCCGAGAAAGCAUAGACUCACUGAACUACUGAUAAACCAAGCACAUAUCGCGACUUUACACGGUGGUGCCCGGUUGACGCUCGCCUUCAUCCGUCAACAUUAUUGGAUAAUAGGAGGAAACAGAGCAGUAAAAACUCAGUUGCGACAGUGCAUACGUUGCCAUCGAUUCAAACCUACGGAAAACUACCAGUUCAUGGCCGACCUGCCACCACAGCGUGUGACACCAUCCCGCCCCUUUACUCACACCGGGGUGGAUUUCACGGGUCAUGUAGACGUCAAAUUAAACAAAGGAAGAGGCGUUAAGACAUCCAAAGGAUACAUCGCAAUCUUUGUUUGUUUAACAACGAAGGCAGUUCACAUUGAACUGGUUUCAGACUUGAGCACUGAAGCUUUCAUGGGUGCUUUCCAGAGGAUGUGUUCAAGGCGUGGAACACCAAGUCAUGUUUAUUCGGACUGCGGCACAAACUUCAUUGGAGCCUCAAAAUGGCUGAACAGUGAGUUCGAAGCGUUCAGAAUGGAACUGUCCUCUGAAUUCUUUAACGAAAUAAGCAGAAUGAAAGUGGAGUGGCAUUUUAACGCCCCUGCGUGGCCAACAGCGGGAGGGCUCUGGGAGGCGGCGGUGCGCUCUAUGAAACACCACUUACGUCGGGUUCUAGGCGAGCAGAAACUCACCUUUGAAGAAUUUUCGACCUUACUGGCAAAAAUAGAGGCAUGCAUGAAUUCCAGACCAUUUUGCCCCCUCACAGAAGACCCUGACGAGUACUACAACUGCCUAACGCCUGGCCAUUUUCUGACGGGUAGUCCAACUAUGACUCUUCCGCUAUCUAGCUAUGAAGAUGACCGAAACCUAGAUCUACGUAAAAGGUGGCAGUUAACUGAGAACAUGUUCCACCAGUUCUGGAAGCACUGGUCCUCAGACUACUUAACGUCGCUACAGGCUCGCAGUAAAUGGCUGAAACCCACACCUAACAUUAAACCAGAUGAUGUUGUCUUGAUAAAGGAAAACAACCUCCCACCAGGGAAGUGGGCCCUAGGACGCAUAAUCGAAGUGCAUCCCGGCAGCGACGGAUAUGUCCGAGUCGCAACUAUAAAAACGCAAGGUGGCACAUUGAAGCGACCUAUUACGAAAUUGUCACCGUUGCCAAUUGAAACUCUACACUAA